AUGAAAUUAUCAUUUACUUUUCUCUUUGCCAUCUUGGCAUUCCUGGCUGCUGCUCACUACAGCUCGGCUGCUUCUGUUACUCUACCCUACGAUAUAGUUCAUAAAGAUCUUUUGGAAAAACAAAAAAAUGAAACUAAAUUGCUUCAAGAAAUUCCUGAAGAAUUGGAUAAUGAAAUUGAAGAUGAAGAUGAUUUGUUGGAUGAAUUCUUGGAUGAUGAUGACGAUGUUGCAUUCUAUGAUGAUCUUGAAGAUGGUGAUAUUAUAUUGUACGAUGAACCUUUAGAUGAUGAUGACAAUACUGAAUUGAUUGAUGAUGAUGAUGUCAAUGAAUUGAUGGAAGCUGAAAAUGAUGAUGAUGAGGAAAACGCCAAUGAAUUGGAAGAAAUUGAUGCACGUGCUCGUCGUGGCAAACGUAGGGGACGCAAGGGUCGCAAAGGACGCAAGGGACGUAAAGGACGUAAGGGUCGUAAGGGACGCAAAGGUCGUAAAGGACGUAAGGGUCGUAAAGGCCGUAAAGGACGCAAGGGCCGUAAGGGUCGCAAAGGACGUAAGGGUCGUAAAGGAGGCAAGAAAAAUCGUAGACGUCGUAAUCGUUCCGGUUAA